CAAAGCAGAUAAAGACAAAAACACCUCUCGGAGGAAACUGGCCACAGGAGCGGGUCCCAUCUCCUGACUGUCGGGUUCCAAGGCCUGAAAGGUGGAUUCUGGUUUAAGUGGUCAAAGGCAGGAUUGGAGAUAAUCCUCAAGUGACAAUGAUCCCUGCGCAAUGGCGCGAGGAUGGCAAAGGGCUGGUCUUGCUGGCUGUCCUCCUUGGGAUCCUAUGGGAGGCCGGAUCCACCCAGAUACGCUAUUCAGUUCCUGAGGAGCUGGAGAAAGGAUCUAGGGUGGGCAACAUCUCCAAGGACCUGGGGCUGGAGCCCCGAGAGCUGGCGGAGCGAGGGGUCCGCAUCGUCUCCAGAGGUAGGACUCAACUUUUCGCUCUGAACCCGCGGAGCGGCAGCUUGGUCACCGCGGGCAGGAUAGACCGGGAGGAGCUGUGCAUGGGGUCCAUCAGUUGUCAAUUAAAUCUAGAGAUUCUGAUGGAAGAUAUAGGGAAAAUCUACGGAGUGGAAGUAGAAGUGCGGGACAUUAACGACAAUGCUCCCUACUUCCGUGAGAGUGAAUUAGAAAUAAAAAUGAUUGAAAACGCCGCCGCUGGGAUGCGGUUCCCUCUUCCCCACGCUUAUGAUCCAGAUAUCGGGAAGAACUCUCUUCAGAGCUACCAGCUCAGCCCGAAUGCUCACUUCUCGCUUGAGGUGCAGAAAGGAGCUGAUGGUAACAAGUACCCGGAGUUGGUGCUGGAGCGCGCACUGGACCGCGAGGAAAAGGCGGAGCACCUCCUGGUCCUCACAGCUUCAGACGCGGGGGACCCAGUUCGCACUGGCACGGCGCGCAUCCGCGUGACAGUCCUAGACGCGAACGACAACGCACCUGUGUUUGCUCGGUCUGAGUACCGCAUGAGUGUGCGGGAGAACGUGGCUGUGGGCACUCAGCUGCUGCAAGUCAAUGCCACCGACCCGGACGAAGGAGUCAAUGCGGAAGUGAUGUAUUCCUUCCGGUAUGUGGACGACAAGGCGGCUAAAGUUUUCAAGCUAGACCGUCAUUUGGGGACAAUAUCAACAAUAGGGGAGCUGGACCACGAGGAAUCGGGUUUCUACGAGAUGGACGUGCAAGCAACCGACAAGGCGGGAUUUUCUGCACGGGCCAAAGUCCUCGUCACAGUUCUGGACGUGAACGACAAUGCUCCUGAAGUAACCAUCACAUCCCUCACCAGCUCUGUUCCAGAAAACUCUCCCCGAGGGACAUUAAUAGCCCUUUUAAAUGUAAAUGAUCAAGACUCGGGGGAAAAUGGACAGGUAGUCUGUUCCAUCCAGGAGAAUCUGCCCUUUAAAUUAGAGAAAUCUUAUGGAAACUAUUAUAGUUUAGUCACAGACACAGUCCUAGACCGAGAACAGGUUCCUAGCUACAACAUCACAGUGACCGCCACUGAUAGAGGAAGCCCGCCCCUGUCAACCGAAACUCACCUCUCGCUGAUCAUAGCAGACACGAAUGAUAACCCACCCGUUUUUCCUCAGGCCUCUUACUGGGCCUACAUCCCAGAGAACAAUCCUAGAGGGGCCUCCAUCGCAUCCGUGACCGCCCACGACCCCGACAGUGACAAGAAUGCCCAAGUCACUUACUCCCUAGCUGAGGACACCCACCAGGGCGUGCCCCUUUCCUCCUACGUCUCCAUCAACUCGGACACUGGUGUCCUGUAUGCACUGCACUCCUUUGACUAUGAGCAGUUCCGAGACCUACAACUGCAGGUGAUGGCGCGUGACAGCGGGGACCCGCCGCUCAGCAGCAACGUAUCACUGAAUCUGUUCGUGCUGGAUCAGAACGACAAUGCCCCCGAAAUCUUGUACCCCACUCUCCCUACGGACGGUUCUACUGGGGUGGAGCUAGCGCCCCGCUCAGCAGAGCCUGGCUAUCUGGUGACGAAGGUGGUGGCGGUGGACAGAGACUCAGGACAGAACGCCUGGCUGUCCUACCGUCUGCUCAAGGCCAGCGAGCCAGGGCUCUUCUUGGUGGGGCUGCACACGGGCGAGGUAAGCACGGCUCGAGCCCUGAUGGACAGAGAUGCUCUCAAGCAGAGCCUCGUAGUGGCUGUGCAGGACCACGGCCAGCCCCCUCUCUCCGCUACUGUCACGCUCACUGUGGCGAUCGCCGACAGCAUCCCCGACGUCCUGGCGGACCUGGACAAUCUGGAGUCUCCUUCUACCUCCGAAAGCUCAGGGCUCACGCUCUAUCUGGUGGUGGCUGUGGCGGCGGUCUCCAGCGUCUUCCUGGUCUUUGUUCUGGUGCUGCUGGCGCUCAGGCUGCGGCGCUGGCACUCACUGCGCCUGCUCGGGGCUGCGGGACCCGGAUUGGCUGACGUUCCAGCCUCUCACUUUGUGGGCGUAGACGGAGUGCAAGCUUUCCUGCAGACCUAUUCGCACGAGGUCUCACUCACUGCAGGCUCCCGAAAGAGUCAUUUGAUUUUCCCGCAGCCCAACUAUGCAGACACGCUCAUUAGCCAGGAGAGCUGCGAGAAAAGCGAGCCUCUUUUGCUAUCGGGUGAUUCAGUAUUUUCUAAAGAUAAUCAUGCAUUAAUUCAGGUGAGUCCAUUCUGA